AUGGAACGGAAGGAGCAGCAGCAGCAGACGCAGCAGCGAGGUCCUGCUGUUGCAGAGCCUGCUCUUGGCGAUGCACCUGAUGAGUGUCCUUCUGCUGCGUCACGGGAUUCUCCUUUAGCAGGAGCAGCAGGAUCAGGAGCAGCAGAAGAGGGCAGCAAGGAGGCGCUACUGCGCGGCCGCCGCCAGCAGCAGGCGCUGCUGACGCCUCUUUCUGGGGAUCCAAAGUGUCCUUUGCUUCGCGACCUGCAGCAGCAGGAGCUGGUGCGGCAGCACACCUUUGACGAUACCAUCAGGUCUAAGCAUCCGUCUUCAGGGGCCCUGUCUCUCUUCUCACGCUGCUCCUCUGACUCCCAGCACCUGCCUGCGCAUGCAGCGGGCAGGUGGAGACAGGCGUCUCACUCAAAGGCAGAAGAGGAGCUGCUUGCUGCAGGCCUCACCACAAUGGAGGACCUCAGCCCAGAACAGGCGGCUUCCAUUGCAGCAGAAAUGCGGGCGCACGCCAGGCAACAGCAGCAGAAGCAGCAACAGCAGCGGCAGCAGCAGCAGGAACAGCAGCAGCUGCAGAUCAGCGGAGCCGUAAGGUCGGCUGCCCCCGCCGCACUCCACCCUCUGCACGCCGAUGCGCAAGUUGCUGCUGCAGGUUCUGCUGCUGCUCCUGGGGGUUGGAGGUCCUCUGAUGCCCCGAGCGUCCUUAGAGAAGUCCGUUCAGGGAAGUUGCACGCCGAGACAUCGGACGAAGAGGGAACAGCAGCAGCAGCAGCAGCAGCAGCAGACAAGCAACGGAGCAGAGGCCACCAGGAUCAGGAGGCGCGGCAGCAGCAGCAACAGCAACAGCAGCAGCAGCAGAACGAGGGCGAGUCCGAGGAGCAGAAGUGCGAACGCAUUGCAGCAUCGAUCCGUUUUCAGGCGGAGGCGGACCUCAGCAAACGCCGUGCUGAGAUGGCUGCAUUGCGAGAGGAUGCUGAGCGUCAGCUGUUGUCUCUGCAGCUGCUGCCGCCGCAGCACGAGCGUCUGUGUUCGUUGCCUGCGUCGUUUAGAGAGGCGCUUUUUGGAGUGUUUGUUUGCCUCUGCUUGCGGCAUAUAGAGGAGUGCGAUGAGGACUUUCGAGGGGAAAUAACGACGUGGGCAUUGGGUUUGCUAGAGGCCCUGGCCUCUCCUCAUCUGCUGCACUUGGGGGCCCACAUAGCCAACUGCCUCAGCAAGCCGAUUGCGUGGCGCGAGCAGCUGCAGAAGGAUGGAGUUCGGGCGAGCGAUAUUGUAACUCUGGACCCUCUUAUUCACAAAAUGGAGGCGUUCUUUGCCGAAAAGCAAACAGAGACAGAUGAACUCUUUCGCAGCGUACAGCUGCGCCUCAGAGCCAGCCGCUCAGCGGAGUCCCCUUCGGAGGAUGCACACAGAGACCCGCCGGCCGCUCCCUGCAGCAGCAGCAGCGGCAGCGGCAGCAGCAGCAGCGGCAGCAACACUGGCGCUGGGAGGAAUAGCAGCAGGAAGGGCAGCAACAGCAGCAGCAGCACAGGUAGCACCAGCAGUAGCAGCAGCAGCAGCAGCAGCACAGACUACUCCCAAGGCACGACCUCGGCGGAAGCUAGGCGGGGACUCACACCACGGGGGGAAGGCUCUCCCGCUGAAACAUUGGAGCAGCAGCAGCACGAGCAGCAGCAGCAGCAGGAGGGUUUUUCUGCAAGGGAUAGAGACCGCAGAAUGCGCGCGUUGUUGCAGCCACCAUCUGCAACGGCACGCAUGACGAAUGACCAGCAGCAGCAGCAGCAGCAGCACAGGGACGUAUCCAUUGGAGAUGGGUGCAAAGAAAGUCCGGCGGAGGCCAGCGGUGAGGAGCGCUACUACACUGCCGUUGACCCUGCAGCACCUGCUGCAGUUGGUGCUGCAGAAGCAGACCCUGGCUGGGCUCAACAUCUCGGGGAAACAGCAGGGCGUAUAGCGCAGGGAGAGGAGGCGGAGGGGCUUCAUGGCACUGGGGAGACUGCACUGCAGGGCAUCGCCGGUGAGGCAGCAUGGCAGCAGCAUCAACAGAAGCAGCAACAGACGCUCGAGGGGAUGGGCAGGCCGUACGCCGACUCGCAGCACCAGCAGCAGCAGCCGCAGCAGCCGCAUCUAGGACAGCGGCAUCAGCAACAGAACGAACCAUCUUCAGAGCAACACGAACUGCAGGAGCAGCAGCAGCUGCAGCAAGGUAAGGAGCUGCUGAGGGGCCGCAUCAGCAGCAACGUCAGCAUCGGCGGCUGCAGGAGCGCAGAACUGCGGGAGCAUGCCUACAGCGAAGAUGAGGGGGAUGCCGAGGCACCUGAUCACUCUCACGGCUCCCUUGAGCAGCAGAAGCAGCAGCGGGAGGAGGAAGAAGAGGGGGAAAUGCAGCAAGAGCAGCACGAGCACGGGGAUUCUUCUGAGGCCUGCAGCUCGUCUGAAGAUGAACGGGGUUUGUAUGAGGGAGGUCCUGGGCCCUCGUCUCUGUCGAUGUGGGCCUCCGAGCCGCCUGCCUACCGUGUCGUGUUUUUAAGGGAAUUAACCACCGCUCUCGUGACCAACGGCACAUUCGAUGCCAGAAUACAAAUGCUACUUGACAGACUGGCAGCAGAGCUCCGCAUCAAUCCCUUACUGCUCAUCCGCAUCGAAGAAAACCUCGCGGCCGAUCUCUUGUCAAUCCUGCAGGCCAAUACCAAAGAGGGUUCGAAGCAGAAGACGUGGAGGCGUCUCAAGAUAGCUGGUGCGGCGGUAGGCGGCGGAGUGCUGCUUGCACUGACUGCGGGGUUGGCCGCACCAGGGAUCGCUGCUGCUGUUGCAUCUCUCGGCUCUCUUCCUCUGUCGGCUUUCCUCGCUUCAGCAGGAGGAAUGGCAGCACUUGUCUCGAUCUUCGGGGCAGGCGGAGCUGGCCUGACGGGAUGGAAGUACAGUCGACGUAUCGCCAACAUCAAGAUAUUCGAGUUCUUAAUGCUGAACGGCCGCAGCCCUUCUUCUCUUAGAGUUGGCAUCGGUGUCAGUGGAUAUCUCAGGGAUGACGAUGAUGUCACGCUACCUUGGGUUUGCUCCUUCCCCAACCCGCGCUGUGAUUUACAUGCGCUGAAGUGGGAGCCCCACGUGUUGAAGGCGUUGGGUGGGAUGGUUAUUAAGAUGGUGUCUCAGGACUUCGCGGUGAGCGCCUCCAAGUUUUACUUACAAUACACCGUGUUGGGGGGUCUUACAUUUGCUCUUUUCUGGCCCAUUGCCCUCAUUCAAUAUGCAGCGGGCCUGGACAAUACCUGGAUGCUCUGCAGAGAACGCGCACAGCAGGCCGGCAACAUACUCGCAGACGCCGUCUCGGAUAAAGCUCAAGCUGCAUCUGUUGAAACACCGUGGGGGUCAGCCGUGCUCGUUGCUACGCAGGCAGUGGGACAGAGGCCAGUGACGCUCGCUGGAUACAGCAUGGGGGCGCGAGUCAUUUUCUACUGUCUGCAGGCGCUCUGGAAAAAGCGGAAGUUUCAUUGCGUGCACGAUGUGGUGUUGAUGGGCCUCCCCGCUUCCAUGAACGCAGCGCAGUGGCGCCAGGCACGUCAGGUGACCUCAGGGCGGCUGGUCAAUGUCUACUGUCGCACUGAUUGGCUUCUCGCCUUUCUGUACAGAUGGAUGGAGUUCAGACUGCAGGUGGCGGGCCUAGCGCCUGUGACGUCGGUGCCGGGUGUUGAGAACGUGGACGUGACUGGGCUCGUCAAGAGCCACGCACACUAUCCAGAGAAGGUCCCUCAGAUUAUGUCUUUCAUUUCCAUCGAACUGUAG